UUUUCUGCUCCGCGCUGCACGCGCUGAUGAAGGCACUGGCGAGGUGGUUUCCUUCCACUUGUAGCAGGACCAGUACGUCUGCCAGCUCCAAUCAAAGCUCCGGUGACCAGGAAGACCUCAGCAUUCUCCAAUUCCUGCUGAAUUACCGCAAACAGAAAGAGAACUCAGAGGGCAUUGGAAUAGAGGACGAUGACACUGAAGACCGAGCUACAUCCACUUCUCAAGCGCCACAGCCUGGUGAGUAUGUGAUCUGCGUUCGCUUUGGAGGGGAGCACAUCCCUAGCAGUCCAUUCCAAGUCGCAGUGAGUGAGCUGCAUUUAAUCCUACGUGCCUACAUGCUGUUUUGGCAACUUUCAUGAAUAAAACUGAGUUUUCAGUCUCAGUCAAAACAAUCGCAAACAGGCAGAGUACAGUUGUCAAGAAUGACCCUCGAGUUAGAGAAGCAGUAGUGUCUUAUGAUGAGUCUUAAGCUGCGUCAAGUCAACGACAUGAAGCACCUAUGGGCGAGAUAACUCGAGUAGAUAGGACGUGGGCAAGACCCAAGAUAAGCUUUUCUCAAAUUCUACAUAAGCAAUUUAAGUGAGUGCUAAUAAGAGUGACAGAUGCCACCGACUGAAGUAAAUGCAUAAGCAGUCCCAGAUGCCAAAGCCCUGAUUGAAUAUCUUUGUUAAAGCCAAUAAAGUCACAUAUGUUGUGUUGCUGUGAAAGCAGGAAACUGCCCAUGCUGUCCAAAAACAGCUUUUUUUCCUGCUGUAAAGGUGGACAUGGGAGCUUAUAUGAGAAUGACUCUUGGAGGAAUCACAUUGUUUGUCACAGCUGUACUGGCUUCAUUUUUAAUUGUUUUUAUUUUUCAGCCAUUUAGUACUGAUGAAGUACUUUUAAAGUGCAUUUAAGGAAAGUUCUCAUUUCUCAGUGGAGUGUCAGUAAGACGGUAUAAAGGAGUGGGGUCUGUAUAAGAACACAUUUUCAGAUGAAUAGGCAGUUGAUGUAGAAAUGGCGCGCAUUACAAGUCGAACUUGAUAAUGAAGAGUGUUUACGUUGCUCCUCAGUACAGUAACUGCUGAGGUUACAGGAUUUACGAGUGCCCUGGAGCACAGAUCCAUUCCCCUACAGAGGCUUUGUGAUUGGUCCUGAUGGCUGCAGCCGUUUCGCUAUAUCACUUUGACGCCGUUUUAAUCCGCUCCAAUGCCUUAUCUUUUUCCCUCUCUCAAUUCCCUCCAUCAUCCCUGCCUACACCCUCCAAGUACUGGAAGGAGCUCCGUCAGACCAGCUCAUGCAACAGAGCCAAAUGCCCCAACAGCCCUGGGUAUCUAAAACCUCAGCCUCCGGUCUCUCGGCCUUCUCAGCUUCAGUUUUUGUUCAGCUUCUCCCUGUUGUCCCUUUGUCAUCUAUAGCACACAUGGUCUCCCUUCAUCAGACUGCAUCAUUGUCUGCUGUCUCUCAUUGCAGGUGUUUCAUCACUGAGAGGGUGCGUUCUCUCAUUUCUCUCUCUCCAUGUCAAAAACGGGAUGCCUGAAACACAUGGACAGUUCAGCAGAGCUGCAUAAUGUUAAGAAGCCACAGCCUUCUGAUGUUACAGGCAACAGACCGACCAAUGGGAAUGAUCUGGCUGGAUGUGGCAAGUCUGAGACCAUUUGACCUGGUGAUUCCAUUCACCAUCCAGAAAGGAGAGGUCACAGGUGAGGUCCGAAUGGCAUCAGGCAAAGUUGCUAAGCUUGACAUCACAGACAACAACGAUGGCACAGUUGCUGACAAGUACGCUCCCACAGAGGCCGGUCUGCAUGAGAUGGAUAUCAAGUACGAUGGCACCCACAUCCCAGGAAGUCCCUUGCAGUUCUACAUGGAUUGCAUGAACGGUGCCUAUGGCCCUGGCCUUAUCCACGAUCCAUCUGGAGAUGUUCCAAGACUACAUGCCUGGAAACAUUCUGCCCGAAACCCACUGCUCAGCUGCAGAUAUUCCACUGGACAUAGGAGAGCUUGACCUCAUAAUGACCUGUCCCCUCCCACCCCCUGCAUGAGACUGUACGAGCAUUGAGCAGCUCCUUCAGCAGUGGACUUUUACACCCACAGUGUAGGAAGGAGCGCGACCGCAGGUCAUUCUUACCAGCAGCUGUCAGACUCUAUAAUCCAGUUUAACAUGGUUAUCUCACUCAUCACCUGUUUAAUUGACAUAUCAAAUGUUUUUAAUUGCUGCUGCUCACUUUACAGCUUGUUUCUACACUGUAUAUUUCACCAGGAUCAUUCACCCCUUGUGUAAAUAUCUCUGUACACUUUUAUCUGUAUAUCUGUGUGUAUGUAUAUAGAACCACUCUGCGUCUUCCUUCUAUAUUUUAUAUUCCUCUUGCUGUGUAACACCCACAUUUCUCAUUUGUGGGAUAAAAAGGUUUAUUCUAUUCUAUUUCAACAUUAAACUCGAUACUUUGUGAAAAAGUCAAAAUAUGGAGAUUAAAGGUUCCAUUUCAAGGCAAACAAA